AUGUUAUAAGGUGAUGUACCAUCUGAAGUUUAACUUGCAAUUCCUUGCAUUCAACUUAAAUCAUAGUCUGUUAGAUUGAUAGCCAAUAUGUAAAAGUGUGAGAUUGAUUGUUUGGCAUCUUAUGAACUUACAAUUGGAUUUUCUGAUUCUAAGGAUAGAUUGGUUGACCUUAAUUAAACAAUGGAAUUCAUUCUAUAUGGACGUCAAUAUGAAAUAAAAAAUAUUACUUAUAUUCCCUCUGAGAAAUAUCCUUAAAUAAUCAAGUUAGUGAAAUAAUAAUUUAAUUCAAAUGAAAAAUAAUCAAAUUUAUUGAAAUCAUAGAAACCUUUUAAAUCACCAUGUUCUUAUAUGACAAUGAAUGCUCUUUUGAACAAAAUUUAGGAUGAUUGUUAAUAAAUUACUCUAUUAUUUUAAUUUGCAACAGAAAAAUUGGAAAGCACUGAUUAUGACUAUAUUAAAUCAUUAGAAGAUUAGAUUGUCUUUAAAUUACAAAUAAGUUAUGUAAUAUCAAGACCUAUUUCUGGAUUAAGAUUUAUUAAUAAUUUAGAUAAUAAAUUUUUAAUCACAGAAAAAGGAUUGCAUAAUUCUAGGAAUUGGAUUCCAACUCCUUAUUAUAAAUAAUAAAGUAUAUUAAUUAUAUAUAUUUAGGAUAUCCACCAUAUUGUCAUGAAGAAAAGGACUUAUUACAUUAUUCUAAAAUCAUAAUAACAGUACCAUCAUCUUAUUAUGUUGUAGCAUCUGGAUAAUUAUAAGAAAUAGUUGAGAUUGAUGGGAAUGAAUAAGUUGGAUAUGUGUUUAAUGUAAAUGAAUACAUAAACCCUGAUGAUUUAGGUAUAUUUAUAGGAGAAUUUUCACAUCAUUAUGCAAAUCAUGAUGAAUUUCGAUUAAAUAUUUUCCAUAUGAAUGAAAAUAAAUCUUACUUGUUUGAAUCUGAAACAGCUAGAAAAAUAUUCGAAUCAGUUGAUAGAUUUUGGUUUAGAGAUGCUUUACUUUAAAAAGCAAGAAAUAUAUUAUCAAUUGGAUCUGGAGUUGAGUUUUUUAGAUCUUUGAAUGUUCUCAUAUUACCUAAUGUACAAAAACAUGGAUAUCUUUCAUUUUACCCCUUUCGAAAUAUUUUAGUAUUUGAUGAAUCUUAACUUCCUGAAACAUUACCUUGCAAACAUACUUAAGAUGAAUUCUAUAGAUGUUUACAUUUAUAAUUGAAUGCUCUGUCUCUCAAAUUUUUCUUGGCUCCCUCUGUAAAAUUGUCAGAUAGAUGGAUUGAACUUGGAUUCACAUUCUAAUCUACUUGGACAGAGGAUUAUGCAUAAUUACAUUAAAAGUUAUUAGAAUAAAUAAAGAAUGGUUAGGAUGUUAAAUUAGAUUAAACUUAAUUUGAAUAAAGAUUCUUAUUAGAAUCAUUAGAAUAUUAAUUAAAAACUAGAAUGGUUAUAACUAUGCUUGCUAGAAUGACACAUCAACCAGAUGUUUUCAUAAAAGAAAUAUUAAAUAGAUUUUAUUAAGAUCUUAAAGGAAGUAUUCCUGCACCUUUAAGUACUGAUAAAAUAUUCAUGAGUAUGAAAAAGGUAUUUUCAGUAUCAAAAGGGAAAUCUUUCUUAAAAAUGUUUAUCAAAUCUGCUGGAGCAUGGCAUUUUAAAGUUUCAUAUGACUAUGAGAGAGAUCAUAAAUUAAAUUUGAAUAUUACUUAGUCUCCUCUUAUAGGUCAUUGGGUACAUGUUUAUACUCAUAAUUAUAUAUAAGGAGCAAAAGCACUUGACAUUAAAUCUGACAUAAUCUUUUAAUUUCUAUAAUUUUAAGAAAAGAUUAAGCAUACAUAAAAAUAAAUUUAAAAGGCUUUUAAAGAUUUUGAAGAGUAAUAAAAGGAAUAACCUUAUGAUUAGAGUAAGAAGCCACAUUCUUCUUCAACAAUUAAAGAUUUUAAAAGAAGAGAUUAUUAAAUCUAAGCAAGUGGAUUAAUACCAGAAGAAUUAUCAAUGCCUUUACAUUUUUCAGGAUGGGUUCGUAUUUAAGUUUCGGAGACAAAUGAAUUAAAACUUGAAAUAGAAAAUACUGAAAUAAAAAUACCUCCAAAAUUAUGGACUAAAAUAGAUAUUAAUUGUACACAAAAAUUAAAAAAAUACAAUAUUCCUAAAAGACAUUUAGAAAUUAAUGCUUAAGCCUAUAUUUAAGAAGAAUAAACUGGUAAAAUAGAAAUAGAAAAUGAUAAUAAUAAUCAAGUCAAAACUCCUAUGAUUCAUGGAAUUUUAGGUGAAGCUGUUUUGAAAUCAGGAGUGAAUAUUAAUACUGGUAGAGAAUAAACAAUUAAAUCAUAUUCAGAGGAAAUAUAAAAAGAACCUCCAUAAUGGAUCAAAUGGGAUCCAGUUGGUUUAACUGUAAAAGAGGUUGAAUAUUAAAUUUAAAAAGAACUUGUUGUAAUGUGUUAAGUUUUGAAAGAAAAAGAUAUGAAUUAAAUAGCUUGUGUUUUAAGAAACAUUAAAAAAUUAGAAAUUAGAGAAAGAGUUGUUAGAACAAUUGUUUUAAUUAUUGAAAAUUCUUAUGCUCAUCUUGAAAGUAAUAUAAUUGUACAAUUACUAUAAUUACUUAGAGAAAUGGUUAAUAAAAGUUCAAUAAAAAGAUUAGAAGAAAAUUGUGAUUUUGAAGAUAUGGCAGAAUUAUAGGCUUAUUUAAAAUUAGCUGAAAAGAUUACUUAUAGAUUUUUCUUUAACUAAAAUGACAAUAGUCUUAAAUAUUUAAAAUUCAAUAAUUUUGAUGAUUAUGAUGUUAUAAUAGCUCUUUUAAAAAAUCUUAGAAGACUUAAUACUGCCUCAACUUUAGGAUUUCAUAAUGAACUUAUAGCAUUAUUAGUUAGUAUCCUUUAAGGUUAUGAUAAUUCAUAAAAUUAAUAUGAUUGUAGUUAUAUGAUAUCAAAACUAAUAAAAUUAUUGUUGUUUACAAAUUGUAAUCAAUCAAAAUUCUUGAUAAUGACUACUUUAAAACAUGAAUUAAAGAAAGUUAUAUUUUUGAAUACAUCAAAGAAUUAUAUACUGAAAACUAUAAUAAUUCAUUACAAAAGAUUUACUGAUAUCAAUUUUUCAGGAGAGAUGGAGAAGAAAAUAGAGGAGAUAUAUAAAAAAUAUGAUGAAGAAAUAUCAUCUAUUAUAAAACAUCAUUAAUCAAAUGUAUUAGUUAGAAUUGAUAACGGUUAUUUAGAAAGAGCAUAUUAUAAAAAAUAUUUAUUAGAACAAUAUGAAAAAUAAAAGAAAGAACCUUAUCAUUUUAUAUUAGAUCAAUUGUAUUAUUUAAGUAAGAAAAGAGUAAAGAAUGGAUCUACUACAAUAUAUUUUAAUGUAUUAUUAUAAGAACUUUAAAUCUUUAUGGCUAAAAAUUAUUAAAGAUUUGCACAUGAAUUAUCUAGAGCUGAUAUUAAUCCAGAAUUAGCUAAAACUUUGGCUCAUACAAAUUUUGAAUGUAUAAUAUCUGGUCCAGCACUUUUAAAUUAUAAUGUUUAAAGCAAUUUUGCAUCUAUCUAUAGAAUUUUAUUUUAUUAUUUUGCUCCACUUAGAACUGAUGAAGUUCAUAAAGAUAUUAAACAUUUAUUAUACACUUUAACAAAUUUUACACCUGAUUAAUAAUGGUCUUAAGCUCAUGCUACUUAAUUAUUAGAGGAAUAUUAAGAAUUAACAAAGAGAACUUGUGGAUAAUAACCUAAAAAGAAUAGACCAGUAAAUAGAAGCACAAACUAAGAUCUUAUUUAAUAAUUAGAAAGAUUUGCAAGAAAAUUUCCUAAUAAAUUAUCAGAAAGAGAAAUAACUAAAUAAAUAUUAAAACAUUUAGGCACUUUACCUUAAAUUGGUUAACUUGAAGAAAAGGUUGGUGAAUUAUCACCAUCUUCAAAAUAAAUUUAUAGAAUUGAUUAAGUUAGAGCUUCAAUGAAAAGAAAGAAUUAACCUAUGAAUAUAAUAUUAGAUAAUGUACUAUCAAUGUUUGAAUACUAUUAUAGAAAAUAGUAAUUGAGUAAGAAUGAAUUAGAUGAUUUUUGUCAGAUGGUUAGAAAGUUCUUUGAUGAUGGAAAAAAAGUUUUAGAAAAUUAUUCAAAAGCUAAUGUGGAUAAGAAGGUUUAAAAAAUGGUAAUAAAAAGUACAUCUUUAGAAACAAAUUUAGCUAAAAAUACUUAUGAUGAAAUGAAUGGAUGA